AUACCGCUCCUCGACGCGGUCGACGCCGGCUGUCGUCGUCUGCUCCUCGUGCGCGCGGCCGGUUUCGGUCUCCCGGAUUCGGCUACGACUUCGGCUCCGCGUGUGCUUUCUUUUGCUCGCGGCCUUGUCGUCUGCUCUUUUCGCGCACACACGCACCGGCCCGAGCGGGGACUACGGGAAGUGGCUCUCAUUCAUGUCUCGGCGUGUCAGCGUGGUAGUCGGUGGGGUGCCGCCACCACCUGCCUGUGCCCGUGGGAUCGUGUCGUCGUCGUGCCGGUGUCGCAGCGUGGUGUACGGCCAUCGUGAGGUGUCGACGCGGUCUUGAGGACGGCACCGACUGGUCCCGGAGGAACCAUGGAUUCCUGGAUGAAGCAACGAACUAGUCGGACGGCAUCAGCCGUCAGCUUCGGCCGAUCUGUGAUCUUGGAUGAGCGGCAAGCGCACUCGGAGCUUUAAGAUCGCCGUGCACCGCCGGGAGGACCGGGAAAUCUGGCAGUCUCAGCUGCCAGGCAACUGCUGCCAGCGGCACGCUCUACGGCAGCAGCGAAGCCACAGCGCCGCCACCACCCCGGGCAGGGGAUACGGUUGCUCAUCGUUGGAGUGCCUGGGCGGCGGUGUCGCCGCGUCGUCCCAGUGGUCGUCCUCCGGGCCGCGACGCGCCCUCGACGACGACGACGGCAACGGAGCCCAGGGCGCCUUCCGCACCAUGGUGCGGGCCAUCGCCACCGAGUUCCUGCCGGACGGCAGGGACCGCAAGUACUACGCCGACCACUACACGUGCAGGCCGCCACCCCUGUUCGUGUUCGUCGUCACCCUCAUCGAGCUGGGCUUCUUCACGUACUACACGGUGACGACGGGCGCCGUGACCCCGACGGGUCCCGUGCCCAUCGACAGCUUCUUCAUCUAUCGGCCGGACAAGAGGGUCCAGGUCUGGCGCUUCGUCUUCUACAUGGUGCUGCACGCAGGGUGGAUCCACCUGCUGUUCAACCUGCUCGUCCAGAUGCUGGUGGGCCUCCCUCUGGAGAUGGUGCACGGCUCGCUCAGGAUCGGCACCGUCUACAUGGCAGGGGUGCUGGCAGGCUCCCUGGGCACGUCGGUGUUCGACAUGGACGUCUACCUCGUGGGGGCCUCUGGCGGCGUCUACGCGCUGCUGGCCGCCCACCUUGCCAACGUGCUACUGAACUAUAAUCAAAUGCAGUUUGGCCUGGUCAGACUGAUCGGCGUCUUUGUCAUAGCCUCGGCAGACGUCGGUUUUGCAGUGUACGACCGCUACUCGGCGGAACCCCACGGCGCCCCAGUUUCGUAUGUGGCGCACCUGACGGGUGCGCUGGCAGGGCUCACCAUCGGCCUGCUGGUGCUUAAAAACUUUGAGCAAAAACUUCACGAACAGCUUCUUUGGUGGGUCGCACUGGGAGUAUAUGCCGCCUGCACGCUCUUCGCUGUACUCUUCAACAUCUUCAACUACUGAGAGGGUAGCCAGUCACCCCAAGAACGACCACUUACCCAGAGCGGAGACUCCAGGACAGGCAAGUGCUGAACAUGCAUCAACGAACCCGGGCCAGCGGCGUUGGAUAGUCUUCGAUCAUCAGCAGGAUCUGAUGAACGCGAAAUCCCCUCAGAAGCUCGGCCAGAGGUGAUGGGUAACAUCCGACGACAACAUACAAACGAGACGACCUUGGGAAUCUCCUAGGAACCUACCAUGUCAUGGGCCCCACCAACCUUAGCUGGAACUGAAGAGAACUCAAGAAGGGUGAAUAUCGACUUUCUCAGCGCCCUUGUGUGAACUGAAAAAGACAACUGAGCUCAUCCUUUAGCAGCGCAUGCAUGGUGACCACCGAAGCAGCUGUCCUCCAACUGUCGGUUUUCUCUAGAUAUCCCAGUGCACCGCCAGUGGCUGUUGUGUAAAGGCAACAUCUGUAACAACUGAUGUUCAUAAGGUGAUAAAGAUCUAACAACUCGAAGAAAUAUUUUCUUUUUACGAGAUGUGCCAACCAACAUUGAAGGGCACAUCGCGACAGGACAAACACGAGAAAAAUGAACAUUGUUCUUUAACAAAUGCUUCGGACCUGCCACAAGUAUCCAGUCAUAGAAAAAAGGAAUAUUUGGCUUCUCUAUGCUAGGACAAGAGAGUCAAACAAAUGAGCAAGAACAAGACAAAGCAAGGAGACAUAGGGAAGUCGGGUUUCCGCAAUGACCACAUUUCGACCAGGACUCCGCAAGUGAUCUUCCAUAGCAAGACUCGUGAGUUUAGCGUAAAGCCGUGGUGCUUUUUGGGCGCAGCUAUAAAACCAAGAGCCGCUGAUCUCCCGCAUCGAAACUGGUGGCUAGGACCGUUAGUUUAGUGUCUCACUCAUGGAAAACGUUAAAUUAUGCAUAACACAUUGGGAAGGUACUUUGGAAACCUGGGGAGAAUGGCCUCGCUGUGAUGUGCACUGCCAACAGAGCAACUUUGUAGAAGAUGUUGGUCAAGGUAGAAGAUGUGGCCAAGAUAGCAUACUGGUCUGAUUUGUUGCUUGGCUCCUGCUUCGAGAACUGCAGCCUCGUGCAGUCAAUCCCAAGAAAUGAACCAAGAUCCAUCAAAGUAACAUCACUGCCCUUUUACAAGUAUUCCACACGUCUGAAUUCGAGAAUGGUCGCGGUUGCAUUUACGACGCAGCCGGAAGACUCGGACAAGACUCGAGCUUUGUCGGCCGCAGCUUCUGAUGCAGCGGUGCGUCCAGAAGCUCUGUCGAGGAUGUGUGAGACUGGGAUCCGUUGCUUUAAAGGCAACCCAUCUGCCGGACCCUGCGCAUCCCCCUUAGCCCAACACCCCCGUCCAAGCUGAAGUGAAGCGCUACGCUGGCCUGUGUAGUGUCUUGUGGGAACUGCCAAAGUGGUGCGAAAGCAGACGCUCCAAUAGACUGCAGACCGGAUGUGCAUGCUUUUUGAACGUUUGAACUCGUUGCGUUUGUGUUUUGUGCUGGUGCUAUAGUUUCUCCUCUGCAUGCGAUAUUGCUGUUGUUUCUUGCUGUCAACUGACCAUUUAUUUGUUUCUCAUCCGCGCAUGUUUGUAUAUUGGCAGUAUCUUUGCCUCCUUCUCGAAGCCGCGGCUUCUUAAUUUAUUAGGCGCAUUCAACCGCGUCGAAAGAUUUCUAACAAUGGCAUUCUAUUCCAGCAGCUAGCUAGCUAGCCUCGUGUGAGAAGAGUUAACCAUUAAAGUAACGACAAAGUGUGACCCUUAUUUUUAUUUAUUUAUAGAUAUAAAUAUAGAGAUAAAUAUGCCCUUAAGUACUUUCUGCUAGGGCCAUAGUGGCGUGUUCCAUAUAAUAUUUUUUAUUCGCUGUAAAUGUACGAAGCUGAAAAUGCGUCUGCCUAGGAGCUCUCGUACGAAAUGUGCCGUAAAGUGCGUACACUUCGCCCGGUACCGGGGUUCUUCAUGCUGACGUGUUUGGAAGGUCGUCAGCUUAGAUUGGAGCAAGUUGCUUCAGACAUUCGUGCAUCGUUUGUUUGUUUUUUCGUCUCAGGCAUGUUUUGUUUUUCUGUGCUCACAACACCAGUUACCUCAUCUGCCAUGACCGGCAAAAAUUGUUCGCGUUGCUCUUUCUUCCUUUUUUGAGGGAGUGGUUUGGUUCCAACCGAGUGCGUGCGCUGCCUUUCUCGGGAUAUCGUACGACGAGUGAGCGCACUUUCACGCGGGCGCCAUCUACGAGGUGGCGCUGGAAAUGCAUUUCACUAGAAGUUUUUGCGGUAUUUGGAAAGAUCGAGUGUACAUACUAUCCAUGAGAAAUGGUCCUCUAUUGCAUUGUCUAAACUUUUCAAGCUCAUAAUGGAAAAAAAAAAAGAAGCAUACGGAUAUCUCAGCUAUUCCAGGGCUAGACGAUAGAUGGCACCAGUGCGUUCUCUCGUCGUAAGAGAUCACAAGGUUGCACUGCGCAUUUGGUUUCAACCAAAUGCAACUGUGUGAACCAGUCUGAAUUCCAUUUUGACGCGAGCUCUUCACGCUCAAUUUCGGUCUAUCAGCAGGUUUCGUUGGAAAUAUUAGAACUCAGUGCUUCGUGAUGCAGCUAAAUCGGCAGAAUUUAGAAGAAUUUAACCUAUGGUAAAACAACGGCAGCUUCUUGUUCCUUCUUACCAGCUCUCUUGCUGCCUAAGGAAGGACGCGCGAAAACUCGUCGACAUUGUCAUUUUGCAUCAUUCCUGCGCUAGGCUGCUUGAUAUACACAAGCAGGACGCAGUGUUCCACCCAUUUUAAAGUAUGUUCCAGGCACUGAACAGUGCUCCAAGCUGCGUGACCGCGCUUGAUCACCCUCGAUUGCAAGAGGUUGUCCGCACUCUCUUCCAGAGAUUGUUCACAAGUUUCGGCAGGAAAAAAAACAAAAACUUGUUGCUGUUUUUUUUUUUACAGUUUACGCAUUUAAAACACCACUUUUGAAAAAUAAUGCACCACAGCACACAUUCCGGGUUUUUUUUUUUUUUUUUUUUCUUAUUUAGGUACACUUUUUUGAACAAACUUACGCAACACCGCCUAUACUCGACUUCGAAAGUUAAUUGGAGCAGUGUAGGAAGCACAGGCGAGAUUCCUCAGAAAGUGCUCUUCUUUAGCUAGAGCUCGUUCAAGAGUCAUAACCGCCUCUGCUCUAGACAUCUGGCAUACGGGAAGGGCGAAAUCUUAACCACUAUUUCCUGUGAUUUAUGCCUCACUUGUUUCCAGUAUGAUUCGAGUAACACGGGCUGUAAUGCAAGGUCCGCCUUUCCAAAAAAAAAAAAAAAAAAGGUUAGAAAGAAAAACAAACGAAGAGUAGUUAAAAAGUGGCCGCUUCACCGCGUGGGCUCUGGCUACUUUACAUGUUUCGCGUCUAUCGCUAACCUGCGGACGCUGCUAUGUGUUCGCCCCUGUGCUUUUGAUAGCGCUACACGCACACUGGUGAGAUUGGGUAGGCAACAGGGAGUUCUCGUAGGUCGUUUUCGCCGUCCCGCAACGCUCUCCGCAACCCGCUGCGAUGUCCGGAACUCUACAGUCGAGGCCAUCGGCGCGUAGGCGUAGGAACGGCUUCUUCGCUGCGGAGGGCUUAGCUGAGGGGGAAACGAGGUCUUCGAAAACUCUCUAAUUUCUCGAGGCUUAGCUCUGCACACUCCAUUUAACCUCGGUGCACUCUCUCUUAACGGGACGUCCUGAUUGGAAGAGAGGCUCCGAUAGAAUGAUGACGCUGCGCUUGUGACCAAUCUGUGCACUGCGUUUUUGGGCAAGACCUUUUGUUGCCCGGGGGUAUUAGGACCUCAGGAUUGUGACCAGCACGUGCACCCCAGGAUAUCGGAGGCACUUAUGAAAUAUGCAAAACAUUUGCGCCUCUCCUCUUCGUAUCGCGCAGCAUUCGCGAAACUGUUCGCACAGCGAUCAAUUUCUGCGUUUUGGACCUUGUUUCUCUCGUUUUCUUCCCUAGAGUUCACUCCAUUGUCAUUCCAUUCUUUCCAUUUCUCGGUGCAACUAUUUGUCGCGGUUUGUCUUUUUUUCUGCAUGUGUUUGUGCUUGUACAGUCGUAGACGACGAAAAAAGAAGAAAAACGAGAUUUUUAGGAGCCUAUUGUACAAAGUAAUUUAUUUGAAGAUUGCAAUUAUAUUAAAAGUGUGUUUUCUUUUCACUGA